AGAACAAUAGUUACGCAACCGUAGAAGAUACAAUCAACUACUUCCCGGGGUUCUGCAUUUUUCGUUCUUAAUUUCAACCAUUUUGGACGUUUUUCAUACGUAUUACUUUCCUUCAUCGAUGAGCUUUCUGUGGACGAUGUGUAUUUUUCUCUACGUUGAUCGUGAUUCAGAAAUUUGGCUGGGGUGAGGGGAUAAACAAGAUAAAUUUCAGUGUGAAAUUCACUGAUCGAUGAUUGAUUGAAUGAUUGAGACCGAGGAUUGAAUUUUGGAGUUUCAGAAUUCCUAUCUAGUAGUUGUUGACUAGAGUUGAAACCUGGGGAGAGAAACCUCUCGGCUACGGCGCUGUUUUUGUUUCGGUGACUGGCUGGUGCCGUAUUGGCGCUACUGGAGAAUGGACAAUAUGGAUACAUGUUCGCCUUCUGAAUCUGCUCCACUUAAGCCUCGUGAUCGAAUAGUGCUGCGGCUUGCUGUACUUGGAGUUCCUGAUGAGCUAUUGGAUCAGCUUCAACCUGGUUUAGUUUCUUUUGUCAAGGACAACAAGUAUCUGAUACCGCAGAUGGUAUCUGUAAUUUUGCCUACUGAUGUAGAAGUGGUAAAAGCUAUACGAGAAGCGAAAGCAGGGUCCAAAAAAUCUGUGACGGGCCCAACCAUGAAAAAUCAAUUCCGUGAGAGCAUGACGUGGUUACAGUGGUUGAUGUUUGAAGGUGAACCAGCUUCUGCUCUGAAGAACCUGUAAAAAAUGAGUGUUGGCCAGCGUGGUGUAUGUGGUGCUGUUUGGGGACAUAAUGAUAUAGCUUACAGGUGCCGAACUUGUGAACACGACCCAACUUGUGCAAUUUGUGUCCCUUGCUUUCAAAGUGGGAAUCAUAAGGACCACGAUUACUCCAUAAUUCAUACAGGUGGUGGUUGCUGCGAUUGUGGCGAUGUGACAGCAUGGAAGCGGGAAGGUUUUUGCUCAAAGCAUAAAGGUGCAGAACAGAUACAACCACUCCCAGAGGAAUUUGUUAAAUCUGUAGAGCCUAUACUUGAUGUACUCUUCACUUGUUGGAAAAGCAAACUCUUAUCUGCUGAAUAUAUCAGUGUGGAAGACUCUAAAUUGAGUGAUCGUGUUACAGAGCAUAAAAAGGUUGCAAAUGAGUUAACAUUUGCUGUGGUUGAGAUGCUUUUAGACUUCUGCAAGUACAGUGAAAGCUUACUCAGUUUUGUUUCAAAGAGGGUGAUUUCUUCAGCUGGCUUAUUGGAUGUUUUGGUGGGGUUGGCGAGGCUAUUAACUGAAAGUGUAGUGAAGAAAGUCCACGAGUUAUGUCUUAAAUUGCUAGCAGAACCUGUAUUUAAGUACAAAUUUGCGAAAGUUUUUUUGAAUUAUUAUCCUAAUGUUAUCAGUGAAGCAAUAGAAGACAACAGUGACCACGUUCUGAAAAAGUAUCCUCUAUUGCCAACUUUCUCAGUGCAAAUAUUCACUGUUCCAACACUUGCUCCUCGUUUGGUGGAGGAAAUGAACUUAUUGUCCAUCCUUUUGGGAUGUUUAGAAGAUAUAUUCAUUUCUUGUUCAAGCAAAAAUGGGCGCUUGCAGGUUAUAAAGUGGAGUAAUUUGUGUGAAACCACCAUUCGUGUAGCUGAAGAUGUUAGAUUUGUCAUGAGUCAUGCUGUAGUGCCCAGAUAUGUGAUCUAUGAGCAGCAAGAUAUUUUAAGAACUUGGUUGAGACUGCUUACUUUUGUGCAAGGAGUGGAUCCUCAGAAGAGAGAAGCAGGCAUCCAUAUAGAAGAAGAAAAUGAAAAUAUACAUUUACCUUUUGGUUUAGAUCAUUCUGUUGCCAACAUCCACUCUUUAUUGGUGAAUGAAGCAUUUUCUGCUGCUAGUAGUAGUAGCAGCAGUAGUGAAGAUACAGCUGAUGCAAUGUCUUUCCAAACGUACAAGACGAAUCCAGAUGACAUAGAUAGUGUUAGAUAUGCUAAAGUAGGACGUUUAUCACAGGAAAGUGCUGCAUGUAGUUUGUUGGGAAAGAGUACUACAUCCACUUCUGCAUCAAAAGUUGAUGAAGUUCGUUUAGAUACAAUUUCACCAACUAUUAUGUGGCUGACUUACGAGUGCUUGAAGACCAUCGAUAGUUGGUUGGCAACAGAAAAUGCAUCUGGAGGUAUUUCAAACAUGUUUGAUGAAUACAUUCGCAUGGCCCCUAGUUGCAUAUUUUAUUCAUCGAGAAAAACCUCUGCCCUGGAACCAAAGAAAAUGCCAUCUAAGAUGGGGAAAGGUAAAUUUAUUUUAGAGAAGCUUGCUAGAAGAAGCAAAGACCAUAAUAGGCAAUAUUCCUCACGUAUGUACAGUGGCCUUCAAAUGAGUAUUGACAUUGAGCAUGGUAUAAGUCAUGGAGAAGACAACCAAUUGAUGGAUAUGACUAAUGAUACAGUUACUGUUGAGGACUAUGCCAUGGAGAUUGAUGCACUAGAUUAUCUAAGCUUGUCUUCUUGGCCAAACAUAGUUUUUGAUGUUAGUUCACAGGACAUAUUCAUUCACAUCCCAUUACAUCGACUGCUUUCCUUGCUUUUACAGAAGGCAUUGAGAAGCUGUUUUAGUGAAUCUGCGGUGACAAAUGCAACAGGUGCCAGUUCCUCAAAUUUGUCGUCUGAAUCUGUGGACUUCUUUAGAAGUGUUCUUACAGACUGUCAUCCAUAUGGUUUUUCUUCAUCUGAAUCUGUGGAGCAUCCUCUACGCAUUAAAGUUUUUUGUGCUGAGGUUAAUGCUGGAGCGUGGCGGAGGAAUGGAGAUGCAGCCCUAUUAUCUUGUGCAGCCCUAUUAUCUAGUGAGUUGUAUCGAUCAGUCCGCUGGUCAGAACAAUGUCUGGAGCUUGAUCUCUUUUUGUUGCAGUGCUGUGCGGCAAUGGCUCCACCUGAUUUUUAUGUCAGUAGAAUUUUAGAACGCUUCCAGCUAUCAGACUAUCUUUCCCUAAAUGUUGAAAGCCCUAGUGAGUAUGAGCCUAUUUUAGUUAAAGAGAUGCUCACAUUAAUCAUACAAGUAGUCAAUGAAAGGAGAUUUUGUGGACUCACUGUAGCCGAAAGCUUGAAGAGAGAGUUGAUUUACAAGUUAGCAAUUGGAGAUGCUACUCAUAGUCAACUGGUGAAAGCACUUCCUCGUGAUCUUUCCAAGUGUGAUCAGCUACAGGAAAUUCUAGAUACAAUUGCUGUGUAUUCCAAUCCCUCUGGAUUUAAUCAGGGGAUGUAUUCUUUACAUUGGAAAUAUUGGAAAGAAUUGGAUCUGUACCACCCUCGUUGGAGUAUACAGGAUCUGCAGAUUGCUGAAGAACGAUACUUGAGGUCGUGUGGUGUCUCUGCUUUGACCUCACAGCUACCUAAAUGGACUAAAAUUUAUCCUCCUUUUAGAGGAUUGACUAGAAUAGCUACUUGUAAAACAGUCCUUCAAAUUGUUCGUGCUGUUCUGUUUUACUCUGUUUUUACUGAGAAAUCAACUAAAUCACGCGCCCCAGAUAGUGGCCUGUUAACUGCACUGCACUUGCUAGCGUUGGCAUUGGACAUUUGCUUUAUGCAAAAGGAAUCGAGCAAUCCAUCGCUUUAUGCUCGAGAUUCUAUUCCUUUGCUUCUAUUUGCUGAUAAAGAAAUUGAUGAGGGUUUGACAUGUGGUUUCGGCUGACAAAGCUUGUUAUCUCUUCUUAUUUUGUUAAUGAAAAUGCACAAGGAGGAAGGUCGAGAAAACUUAUUGCAGGCUGGAAGUUGCAACCUAUCCUCUCUGGUUGGAAGCUUGUUGAAGAAAUUUUCAGAGAUUGAUUCUUGUUGCAUGGGCAAGCUUCAGCAACUUGCGCCUGAAAUUCUUGGUUACCGUACACAGUCUGUGCCAAGUAGUAAUACUAAUAGCCCAAGUGUAACUUCUGAUAGUGAGAAGCGGAAGGCCAAGGCUCGACAGAGACAGGCUGCUAUAUUGGAAAAAAUGAGAGCUGAGUACUCUAAAUUUUUGGCUAGUGUUGAUCCCUCUAUGGACGAAUAUGAUACAGAAAUUGGGCAGCAGUCUGAGAAGCCCAAUGUCAGUGAUAGUGCGGAACAGUCUGAAACUGUUUGCUCGCUUUGCCAUGAUUUUAGUUCCAGUGUUCCUAUUUCUUUUCUGAUUCUUUUGCAGAAAUCAAAGCUUGUGAGUUUAAUUGAUCGAGGUCCUGUGUCAUGGGAUCAACCUUACUGGAGAGAUGAACAUGCCUCAACAAUGUCAAAAAGGGACCUUGAUCAAUCUAGGUUAUGCACCUCCUCUGCAGGUUCAGGAGUGAUUUCAUCUCCGCAGUUAGCUGAGCUCAUUCAGAACGUCAUGAGCACUUUCCUCUUUGUAUAUAGAGGUUUCUACCACCUAGCUCUUUUAUAUUUUCUUUUAUGUCUCUUGGAAAAUGGAUUUCUUUGAAGACAGAAUUGACAAUGUUUUGGUGUGUUAGAGUUUAGGGCUCUUAAGUUAUUUUUACGAUAUAAGGUCAUUUUAACGAUAUAAAGUCUUUUUAACGA